GACUGCACCAUCAGGGCAUCUUCAGAGUGUCCGGUUCACAAGUGGAAAUCAACGAGUUAAAGAACCAGUUUGAGAAAGGAGAGGACCCGCUGGCGGACGCGUCGGACUGCUGCGACUUGAACAGCAGUGCGGGAGUUCUGAAGCUCUACUUUCGCGAACUGCGCGAACCUCUCUUCCCGAUGUGCAUGUUCGAUCAGUUCAUCAACUGCACGAUGAACUGUCAGACACCGGAGGAGUUUGUGGAGCGCGUGCGGGAGCUGAUACUGUGCUCGCCUGCCGACGGACCCGUAUCGUCGUGCUCAGAGUUUCCCUUCGCCUCUCAACCAGUGUAG